UUUGAAUGCUGGGACUGCUGCAGAGGGCCAGAAGAGGGAGAGGAGAGACGAAGGUGAAUCAGGGAUAGACUGAGGAGGACAGAGGACGGACAGAUAUUUCCCAACAUGGCUGAGAGCACAGAUAUGGACAAUCUCCUGGUGUCUUUCAAGAAGUUUGCCAUCCACGGAGACACGAAGGCCACAGGGAAGGAGCUGAACGGGAAGAACUGGGCCAAACUGUGCAAAGACUGUAAGAUCAUCGAUGGCAAGAAUGUUACCAGCACUGACGUGGACAUCGUCUUCUCCAAAGUCAAACAGAAGACGUCUCGGGUCAUCACAUAUGAGGAGUUUCGAAACGCUCUGGAGGAACUGGCUCCAAAGAGGUUCAAAGGUCAAAGUAAAGAGGAGGCACUGGAGUCUAUCUUCAAACUGGUGGAGGGAAAAGAGCCAACCAAUGUCGGAGUGACGAAAGUGGCGAAGACGAGGGCUGUUGAUCGUCUGACAGACGCAUCCAAAUACACUGGAUCACACAAGGAGCGCUUCGACGAGACCGGCAAGGGCAAAGGUCGCGAGGGGCGUGAGGACCUGGUGCAGAACACGGGCUACGUGGGAGCUUACAAGAACGCCGGGACCUACGACUCUAAAAUGAGGGCUGAGAAAUAAACGAGAAGCAAGAAGAGCAGCUCCUCGACAGCACUUAGUCUGGACCAAACCUUGAACUUUAAUCCCCCAUGUGUGUUUGUGUGAGUGUAUCUAUGAGAGUGUGUGUGUGUGAGAGUGGCUUGGGCAGACUGACAGACUCUCAUGUCUGUAAACUCUUUAAACACGUGGAAACAACAGAUGUAGUCAAACAUGACCAGGUGAACACUUCAUAAUCACUACGGCUCCAUCAGGACUGUUUGAGUCGACAGGAAAGGAGGGAUCAUUUUAAGAGGAGGUGCUCUGCUGAAUUUUCUUUAGUGAAAAUCACAUUCCUGCAAAACCAAGUAGAUGAAUGUUGUGGUGCAAGCAUGCCAUCGCCUCUGGAGUAAUCAUGCUGGCAGGUCAAAUUUGGGUAAAGGGACAAUGACUGACCAAAAUAGCAAAGUUGCAUAAAAGUUGGAGGGAUUGUUGAAUUUGUGAUUUGCCAGGAUGUAGCCGAGGACCUCCACUUCACACCGGAAAUCAGAAAAUCCCCACAAUAUCUCGUCUCCUAAUACUGGAAGUCACUUGAACUGAACG